AUGUCUAUUGAAUUGAAGCCAUUUAUUGAAGAUAGAGUCUACAUUGGGAAUGUUGACUACAAAGCCACUGAAGAAGAAUUGAGAGAACUCUUCUCUGGUUUGACUGUUACUGAAGUUGAUAUUCCAUCAAAAAGUAUCCAUAGUGGCAAGAAAGUAUUAAAUAAAUCCUUAGGAUUUGCAUUUGUACAAUUUGAAACCAAGGAAGAUGCGGAUACUGUUAUUGAGAAUUACAAUGGUAAAGAAUUUAAGGGAAGAAAAGUUUACGUAAAGAAGGCAGUUCCUCCACCAACUGAAGAGGAAAAGGCAAAGAAAGCUGAGAUUUACAGAGCAAAGAGACAGGCACAACAAGAAGCACAGAAGGCUGCCGCCGCCAUUGCUGCUGCCGAAGAGGAAGAAAAGAAGUCUGCUGCUGCCGCUGCUACUGCAACUCUGACUGCUUCACCUCCAAGUGGUAAGAAGACUCCAAAGAAGAGCACCCCUAGGCCUAAAUUACCAUUGGAGGAAGGUACUAAAUCCACUGACACGAUAUUCAUUACCAAUCUUGCUUUUGAUGUGAAUGUGAAGACAUUGACGGCUAUCUUUAAAGAUUAUAAGCCAAUAUGGAUUCAUAUCCCAAUCAGGAAAGUGCCUUACAAGCUUUUGAAUAAGCGGAAGGCCGAAGGUAAGCCUCUUAAGAACAAGGGAAUUGCAUUCGUUAAACUUGCUGAUGAAUCUUUACAGAAGAAGGCAAUCGAAGAAUUCAAUGGGAAGGAGAUUGGUGAUCGAGUAGUUGUUGUUGAUGUAGCAAUUGAUGCUAGAAUCUCAACUCCUGAAGGUGAGGGUAAUAAAUCGGAAGUCGAGGUUCCAGAGCCUGAAAAGAAGGUUGAAGAAGCUAUUGAGUCUGCUUAAAAUAACAUACCCUGCGUUAAAAGUCAGAUAAUCCGUAUUCUAUACAUAUUAGUAUCAUUUAUAGGUGCAAAACCAAUUUAAAAGUUAUAUUUGAACUUAGGUAUAUUGGAUUGUGAAGAGAAAAAUAAAACCCCCCC